CAUCUCUAUAUCCGCCCCUGUGUAUUAUAGAUAUAUUAUAAUUACAUUAUAAUAACUUAUUGAUACAUUACUUCCUUAUGACUUUUAAAUUCUGUAAUAAUUAGUUUGUUUUAUGUACUUUUCUAUGUAGGUGUGAACUCCACCAUGAAUCCAACGAUCCUACGCAUCCGAGCUGACCUUAAGAAAUUACCACGGCUUACCAAUUGUGGCAGAGUCGAUGCAGACGAUGCAGCUAAACUAGUUCCAAGAAUUUAUACAUGUUUCUGAGUUUGGUACUUUCUGGCGAAGCAGAUGAUACUGAAGAUGAUAGCUACAUUAGAAGAUUAUCCACCAGUAUUUGCCAAGAUCUUGUAUAUGGUUUAAUCAAAGGUAAAUGCCUUACACCAAAGCAUCUUGGUCUCGGAUUUGCUGUCCACCAAGCAACAAGAUCCAAACGACUAGUUAACCUAAUUCAUAGUGCUGGACACUGUGCCAGUUAUUACCAACUACUGCGUGUUGACACUGCAUUAGCUCAGCAUACGAUUGAAAAGUACAGGAUUAAUGACAACACAAUAAUCCCAUCUAAUCUUACUAAAAAUCAGUUUUUCCAAUUUGCAGCUGAUAACAUCGACAUCAUUGAAGAGACCCUUGAUGGUACAGGAACAUUCCAUGCUACACAGAUGGUUGUACAUCAAAGAGGCAUUUCCGAUAAGCAUCACCAUGAUAUACCUAUUGCCAAGGACACCUCUUUUAAAAUACCGGAGGAAUUCAACAAAAUCGAUCCUGCGCCUUUCCAUCGUGGCCGCACAAGUCCAGUGUUAAACAAGGAAUUAAACCAUGAGUGGUUCAACCCAGAUGUUAAACAAGCUGAACUUGCAAAUAUAAAAGACAUAAUAUGGAUUCUUACAAAGUUGCAUGAUCCUGAACACAAUGUUCCUUAAUGGACAGGGUUUAAUCAGCUAACAAUUAAAGAUGAGCAGGAUGUAACUUCAACUGGCUAUCUACCUAUCAUGAAUGCUCAAGCACACGAAAGGAACACUUCUUGUAGAGUUCUACAAAACACUGCCUCCAACAAGCACCUAUUGGCUUCAGUUCAUGAAAAUGGUGCCUGUCCUUUUGCAAUUUAUUCGUGCAGAAAGAACUGGUAAUUGGAAGAUGCAUCUCUCUGCGUUUGUUGGAAUGCUUCCAUGGUUUGCAAUAUACGAUCAUGUGAACUACUUACGUUGGGGUACUGUGUAUGCUACAGAUGCACACCAGCUUGAGAAGUCACAUCCAGAUGUAUAUCAGCACUUUAUGAAUGGCAAUUUUGUGGUCAAAACAACAAACAAACCAUUCAAUCAGAUCAACACUGACCAGGCAUUAGAACAUGUCAACAAAGUAAGGAAAAUAGCAGGUGGUUUAGUCGGCAUUACCAAAACAGAUAGUGCCAGAAACAGAUGGUGCCUAACGUAUAACGAACGUAGUCGACUUGUAGAAGAAACAUGCAAUUUGUUUAAAAUAGCAACAGAUGACCAUGAGUAUGCUCUCUCUUCAAUGAAAGAUGUUGGCUCUUCUCGAAUUAAACGAGACAGUCGAGACGCCGAGUGUGUUACUGAACAACUGAGGCGCUUUUCGGUGUUUAGCCGCCAUGAACCAGAAUUAAUCAGCAUUGCAACAAAAGAUGUUGCAACACAAAACAUCAAAGGUGCUCUUCUCUCGGCAUCAGACAGGGGACAACAACAAGUUACAGAGUUUGUGAAGUCACGUCUCAUUGAAGCUGAAGUUGGGUUUCAUGAUGCUUUGAAACAGACAAAGUCUUUGACACUAAAAUCUAUGUACAUAGUAAGGAACAAAACUGAUAAAACAUUGAAAGGAAUUAAUCUUCAGGCCAACAGGAUGCUCUUCCAGCCUCUCUUAAUUGCUAAAGAUUCAGGUCGUAGUGUUGACUUGAAAAAACUUAUGUGCCAUGAGUUAUCUCCUGUACAAUUGGCAUUGGCUGACA